AAGGAGUGAUGUGUUGGCUGCCCUUUGUGCUGUAGACAUUCCCAAAUAGUUAGAUCAGGCCUUCAUAGUGUACAAUUCUUUCCACAGAAAUUUGAAACCCAUCAAAACAUUUGCAUUUCUUCAAGUAAAAGAUGAACCACUACUUUAGGGUAACUUCAUUUAUUUGUCUUAAUAUUUUUUUGUUCGGUUUAGGAGAGACUGGCAUAAAUAAUGAUGAACCUUGUUCACUUAAGGACACAAGGAAUGUUGGAGCUGUGGAGGAACCACUCCAGGCAGAAGAGAAAAAUAAAUCUGCAGAUAUUUCAAAACAAAAAGAACAAUGCCUUGUACCAUGUGAUGCUCAAGCUAAAAUUUUACGAGGGGACAAACAUUACAUGUGCAGAAAUUUGCAGAACUCUCUUGCUGAAUAUGCCAGAAGUACAAAAAAAAUGGUAAGAGACAUGAUGGAUGAUCAACAGUCUUCACUGGAUUACCUUUCUAAUCAGGUAAAUGAACUUAUGAACAAACUUGUUCUUUUGAACACAGUAAUUUUGAGAAAACAUCUGGAUCCACUUCCUUAUAAAGCAGUUCAAUCUCAUGGUUUGGACUGCACUCAUAUUAAAGAUACUGUUGGUUCAGUUUCAAAAACUCCAAGUGGUCUGUACAUUAUCCAUCCAGAAGGAUCAAAUUAUCCUUUUGAGACUAUUACACACAGCGUUUUCUACUGGUUGAAGAAAUAUCCAAAUCAAACAGUUCAACAAGAACAUGUUUUGUGUGACAUGGAUUUUCGAGGAGGUGGAUGGACUGUGGUUCAGAAAAGAACUGAUGGACUCGUUCAGUUUCAGAGAACAUGGUCUGAAUAUUUAGAUGGAUUUGGUGACCUUACUGGAGAAUUUUGGCUUGGACUGAGGAAGAUUUUUGAUAUUGUAAAUCAAAAGGCCACUCAUUUCAAUCUUUACGUGGAUUUGGAAUCAGAAAAUGACAAGCAUGCCUAUGCAUCAUAUGAUGGAUUUUGGAUAGAGGAUGAAGCAUGUUAUUUUAAGAUCCAUUUGGGGCAUUAUUCAGGAAAUGCUGGUGAUGCAUUUAGAGGAUACAGAAGAGAAGAUAACCAGAAUUCCAUGCCUUUCAGCACUUUUGAUGUUGAUAAUGAUGGAUGCAGGCCUAUGUGCAGUAUUAAAGGACAGACAGUAAAGAGCUGCAGUAACUUCAGUGAGAACACCGGAUGGUGGUUCAACAAGUGUGGUCUUGCAAAUCUUAAUGGUGUUCAUCACUACAGAGGUAGAUUCCUUGAAACUGGCAUUCACUGGGAUACAUGGACAAUGAACAAAAAGCCAGUCAAAAUCAAAUCAGUUUCAAUGAAAAUUCGGAGAACCAAUUAUCCAUAUUUCCAUUAACAUAUGAAAAUGGAAAUAUAUCUCUUUGCAAUUAUGUGGAAUGUGACUGCAAUCACAAAUACCUUUCAUUUUCACUUGAACAGUUCAGUCUUAAAACUUUAUUAGCUAUUUCUAUAAUAUAGUUACUAAUUUUUAUUAUGAAGUGUCAGCAUUUAUAGUGUUCCAGCUUGAGAAAGAUACUAAGAAAAACUGGGUUUUCAAAAAAGGACUAAGCUGAGUGUUUGUCAGCUUUUAUUCAACUGCCUCUUAAAAAAAUCUCAGAACCAGCAGAAAAAUUAUAAAAAGAAGUGAAAUGCUGACUUUUGAAUGUGCUCUUUCUAUGCUCUCCACAUAUCUAAAUUGGCCAGAAGUUUCAGCAAAUUUUAUUUAAAAAAAAAUAUGUACCUGCCAUUUUCAUUGUAAUAUUUUGGAAAAAUACUUAAUCUUAAAUUUCCAGCACCAGCUUUUCUUUCUAUAUUCCUUAUCAGGCAAGAUAACAAUUGUUUCAAUGUAUAAAUAAGGUUUUGUAUACCAUAAGGGCCUGAUUUUUAUACAAGUAAGGUUGAUAAUGACAUUCAAGAACUAUGACCAAUUUUGUAUUUCAUUUUCAUAGCCAAUGUAUUUCAUAAUCCAGUUUUGACUCUACCAUUGUCUAUUUCACAAUUGACUACAAAUUAAAACUUUUUUUCAAAGAAAACUUAUAUCUUUUCAUAUAACCUGUGCAGUUUUAAUUUUUGGAUAUAUGGACCUGAUCUUUUGUUUUUCAUUUUUAGUGGCUUUCAUUUUGUGAACGAUCAUGUGGCAAUGAAUAAAACCAACUUAA